AUGGCCUCCCGCCUCUUAACCAGAUCAGCGGCGGCGCGCCUCGUCUCCCACCUCCACCGCAAGAGGCCAGGAACUACUCACUGCCUCCUCACCCAUGGCGCCGCCUUGGCGGCCCUCCUGGGGUCCACUGAUGGCCUCUCCCACGCCGCCGACUCCACUCUCCUCCGCGUUCCGGUGCGGUGGUUCUCUUCUCCGUCCACGGAGGCGGUGGCGGAUGCUCCGAUGACCGCGGACGGCCUGACGGUGGACUCGAUCGCCGACAAGGGGUGGACGAUUCUUCCCGAAGCCGAGAGCGACUGGCGCAGCCAUGCCGCCGCCGUCGCGCAGUCAGUCAAGCUCAUCAAGAAGCGCCUCAAGUGGGGAUGGAUACUUGAGAGAACGAAGCAAUUGGCUGUGGUCUUGGAGAGGCCAGACCUCUGGGAAGAUCCAGUUUUUGCUAGGAGGGUUAGCCGUGAGCAGGGUGAGCUCAUGGGCAAGAUUAAGUCAGUGAACCAAUUUGAGCAGGAAUUGAUUGAACACAUUGAGAUGCUACGGCUUGCACGUGAAGAAAACGAUAAUGAACUUGAGAUGGUUCAGGCAGGGGCUGGUGGCACCGAGAGCAUGGACUGGGCUGCAAUGGUGAUGAACAUGUAUAGGUCAUGGGCCCAGCGACGAGGAUAUACAGUCACUGUGGUUGAAGAGAUGCCUGGUGAAGUAGCAGGAAUCAAGAGGGCCACUAUCAAAGUUGAUGGUGAAUAUGCAUUUGGAUAUGCCAAAGCUGAAGUAGGAGUUCAUAGAUUAGUGCGAAUUUCUCCAUUUGACAGUGGAAAGCGCCGGCACACUUCCUUUGCAGCUGUUGCUGUAAUACCUAUUCUUGGGGAUGCCGCUAGCCGAUACCAGAUCAAAGAUUCUGAUCUUAGGAUAGAACGUUUCCGUUCUGGUGGCCCUGGUGGUCAGCAUGCCAACACUACAGAGAGUGCCAUUCGAAUUGUGCACAUUCCAACUGGUAUAAGUGCAACAUCUCAAAAUGAAAGAUCACAACACAUGAACAAGGCAUCAGCAAUGGCAGUACUCCAAUCUCGUCUUGAUCAGCUUGAGAUUGCCCGCCAAGCACAGAUGAAUGCAGAGCACACACAAUCACUCAACGAAAUCAGCUGGGGCAACCAAAUAAGAUCUUAUGUUCUCCAUCCAUACCGUAUGGUCAAAGAUCUCCGAACAAACUAUGAAGUAUCUGACCCGGAUUCAGUUCUAGAAGGAGAUCUAGAUGAUUUCAUCUUGAACUAUUUGUCAUCGUCACUGGAUGAAGCUGAUGCCCAAGGAUUUGGAGGUCUGGAACAUCAACACAAGAAUUUGCUAAAAUGGAUUUGGAGACUAUACAGCGGAGAUGAGAAUGACAUGUGCUGCCAGCUGCUCAGUGCCAAGUACCUGAAAAACAAAUGGUUUGGAGCUAACAUUCUGUUCUGGGAGGACAUGGAUACCAGAUAUACCCCAGAAGGUAGCAUAUCCAAAACUUUUCUCGGUCUCUAG